AGCCAGGCACAGAGGAGGGGACUGCUCUAAGACUCUAGCGAUCCUUUCCUUGACAAAUCAUACGUGUUUCUCUGCGUCUGUUGGAUUUGUUUUCUCUUCACCGCCACCAUGUGUAAGGGGCUUGCAGCCCUACCUGCAACCUGUUUAAAAAGCGCAAAGGACAUAAAACAUAAGAUUGGGUUCCUGCUUCAGAAGGCUGAGCCGGUUCAAGAGCAGAAGCCUGUGAAGGAAAAGGAAAAGCCUGCCGUGGAGAAAAGCUCUGCUCCUAUUGACACUGAGAAAUGGAAAUCAUCAUUUAACAACCUGGUUAAUAAUGAAGUUGGACGGGCUGCCUUCACCGCCUUUUUAAAGUCCGAGUUCAGCCAGGAGAACAUUGAGUUCUGGGUGGCGUGUGAGGACUUCAAAAGAACUCCUGCGCCUGAGAUGCAAGCCAAAGCCAAGCAGAUUUUCAAACAGUUCAUCGACGUCGAUUCUAUGAAUGAGGUCAAUUUGGACUCUGCAACAAGAGAAGAAACUCUGAGGAAUCUGGAAAAGUGUGACGUGACCUGUUUCGACGAGGCUCAGAGUAAGAUUUUCACGCUGAUGGAAAAGGACUCGUACAGGCGCUUUCUGAAGUCCAAACUGUUCCUUGACCUGUCUCAGUCAUGCAGGGAUGAGAAACACUGCAGUCUGGAGAGGAAAGGGACGUUUACUGAGAUUAACCACUGUCUCCUGUCUCAUUGUGCCUAAAUCUAAGACAGAGAUCUUUCUUAGGCUUAGAGUUUGGGGAUCAGAUCACUUGUAUAAGGAAGGCAAGAGAGUUAAAGGUGAAGGGUUAUGUCACUGAAGUAAACACAAUUGGUCUAACACCAGAAACAGCAAAUAAGAAUGUGCUUUAAUUGUUUUUUCAGGUGCAUUUUGCUUUAAUGUGUUUAGAAUAAUUUGAGAAAAUUAUUCAGAUCCACCAGUGCAGCAUUUCUGUUUAUUACUGUAUUUUGGUAAUUUUGUACACAAACAAAAAUAAAUAAAAGAAAAAAAAAAGAAGCCACCUUUGAAACCCUAUCAGAUGAUGUUGUAAGAAUAAAGUUUAGAGUGUCCAAGUGAAUAACUGUUACAGAAGGUAAGGAAGGCCUGGGCUACAUAACUGUUUAAUCUGUGUAUCUUAUAUAUAAAUAAAUCUAGUCUUAGUAACAAUGAAUGAUGCUCUGGAAUACUAACGACAAACAAAUGUGACAAGUUAUAUUUACGAAAUGUGAUGUUGUCCAUUUGUUACAGUGCUGUGAAUUUAACAAGUCUGUCCUAAUGUAAUGUCACUUUACAGUAAGUCUUAUUAGAAUAAAUGGAUUUAAUCUGUUUACAUAUAUGUUUACGCGCAUGUAUUACACAUAUUUAUUGUAGUAUUUAUGAAUAAAAAUGUCCAACCCAACACAA